AUGGAAGAUCAAAAGGCAAGAGCUGUACUCUUGAGGGGGAGUAUUAAGAAUGCAAAGAAGUGUUGCAUACCUCAAGCCACACAGCUAGCUAGUGGUGUAGCUGGUAUUGAUGAAGGAUGCACUAGCUCAGCCACAAGAGCAGCAGUCAAUACAGCAUUUGCUGAUGAGCCUGCAACAGCACCAAAUACUGGCUAUCCAGUGAUAGCUGAUGGUGGCUUCUAUCUUCCUUCAGGCCAAACUGAACGUAUUUACGCCCCAUUGACAUGGAGUGGCCAGAUUUGGGCCAGAACGGGUUGCAAAUUCAAUUCCAAUCAGAUUCCUGCCUGUGAAACUGGUGACUGUGAUAGAAAACUAGCAUGCAAUGGACUUAUAGGCAAACCCCCAGUCACGCUAGUGCAAAUUGCACUACAGGAAGAUCAAAGCAAGUCAAGUUUUUAUGAUGUGAGCUUGGUUGAUGGCUACAACAUCCCUGUUUUAGUCACAGUAAGGCAAACACCAGAACUAUGUACCAUUAGAGGGUGCUUGCAAAAUGUGAAUGACUUCUGCCCACAAGAGCUACAAGUUUUAAAUGAAAAGGGGGAAGUGGUGGCCUGCAAAAGUGCUUGCUUGGCAUUUGAUAAAGACAUCUUUUGCUGUAGGAAUGCAUAUGGGACCCCAGAAAAGUGCCAGCCUAGCGUCUACUCAAAAAUCUUUAAGGAUGCUUGUCCUUGUUACUAUAGUUAUGCUUUUGACACACCCCCACCAUUGGUAAACUGUGCCUUUAGAGAGUAUGUGAUAACAUUCUGUCCUUCAGGGUGGGGAAAUGCAUACACAUCCAUAUAGGGUGACAGGGUGUUACAUAACGUACAUCUCUAUGAGUGUCUAAUUUCAAAUUUGAUUAGAAGCUGAUGCUUGUUAUGCAAAGCUUUGUUAUUUAAUACAAUAAAUUGUAUUGAGGUUUGGCUGCAGAACUUCCUUAUGCAUCAUGAGCUCAAGAACAAAAACUCAAACUAUAUAUAUGUU